AUGUUCGGCCAAGGUGCAGUUCCUUCUGAAGAGGAAAAGAAAGCUCAAACUGCUGCUAGCAACCAAACUCUCCAACAAGCUUUGGUGAUUGGUAGUGCUUUAUUCAUUAUCCCAUCUAUCAUCCACUUCAUCCAAAAAAGAAUGAACUAA